AUGGCAAGUGGCUUGACUCUGUCCACUGCUAGACGAGGAAGUGAAAUAAGAGAUUCCUUCUCACUGUUAGAUGUUCUCUAUGCAAAUCAGUUUGAAGGAGAGUCUAUUAAAAAAGAAGUUGUUGAGCAGACAGAGGAGACCUUUUACAGAGGUGCCCCUCCUGAAUGGUUAAACUUUCACAUUAGUGAACAGGCCGAGUCAGAUGGUACUGGAACUUCUUUUAUUAAACGAGAUGGAUACGAUAGACUUAAACAACAAAUUGACAACAAAAGAAAUCUCCCUGGAAUAUCAACUGUGAAACUCUUCCACCAACCAGGAUGUGGAGGAACCACACUGGCCAUGCAGGUGUUGUGGGACUUGAGGAAGACCUUCAGGUGUGCUGUUUUAACAGACUCAACCUCAGACAUCACAAAUGUUGCGACAGAGGUGGUCCAUCUUUUCACAGCAGGCAGUCAAGGCUACCAGAAAACUGUGCUGCUGCUACUGAAUGAUGAGCAUAAUCUGGAAAAUCUCCAAAACAGCAUUAUGGAAAAGAUAACUGAACAGAACAUAGUCACCUAUAGGCCUGUGGUCAUUUUCCUCACCUGUGUGAGAAAAGAUGCAGUUCUACAGAGUGACCACACUGUCCUACAAAAAGUACUUUCUAACACAGAGAAACAAAAGUUUAAUGAGAAAAAGAAAGAGCUGAGCAAAAAGUACAAGGAGAAAUGCGGACAGUUUCAUGGCUUUAACAUAAUGCAAACUGAUUUCUCUCAAGCGUACGUUGAUCAAGCAUGCACAGUAUUCAGUACAGUCCAAAGAUCAAAUAAACCACUGAAGACCCAGCUUGCUACCUUCCUGUCCCUGCUGAAUGCCUAUGUACCAGGCUCAUAUCUCCUUGAGUCCCAGUGCCUGGACUUCCUCAAACAUAAAGACUCCAUCCAUGGACACCUUUCACUGGAGGACAGAAUGAAACCCUUUAGUCAUCUCAUCAUCACUUUCCAACACGAUGCAAGAUCUGGAAAAAAGGUCCGCAUGGCUCAUCCAAUGAUUGCACAAUGUUGUACUGAACUGAUGGGUGGCGCAGGUGUGACCAGAAGCGACACAGCAAGAAACUUCUUGAACCGUCUCUGCAGAGACGAAGUUUCUCCAUGUUUGCUUGGUUUCGUCAAAGAAAUGCUGACCAAGAGAGAGAUGAAAGUAGAAGAGAACCCAGUCAAAGAUAAUGAGGUUAAAGAAGACCAAGAAAGGUUUUCUAGACUGAUUCUUGAUAUUCAAAGUCAGGAGUGCGAUGUCCAGAGUGCAUCAGUUUUAAAGGUGGCAUCGAAGAUAUUUGAAAAGAAUCCUUUUUUCCCACAAGCACUUGCUCGCUUUUAUUACAUUGAAAUAAAAGACUACAAUAAGGCAGAAAAAUGGGCAAAAGAAGCGAAGAAAAGAGAUCCCAAAAAUUCAUUUGUUGCUGAUACUCUGGGCCAAGUCUACAAGAACCAUCUGAAGAACAAAGAGUUUUCUACCAAGCCGAGAGAAAUUUUGCAACUCGCCAAAAAGGCCAUUGAAGCUUUCAAAGAUGAAGAACGACUUGCUGAAAAUGAAUAUGGUGAAGACAUGGCAGAAGAUGGCAAUACCAAAGUCUCACAUAUUUUUAACACCAGAGGGCAGUUUGGUUACCUGCAGGUUUGCAAUCUGUUAUAUGACCGA